AAUGACAAAUGCUUUCGUCCGCCAUAAUCGUUUGCGAAACUUGUUAUCAAACAGCAGUAGAGUUUUGUAGUGAAUAAUGGCUAUCGUAGAGGACGAAGUUAGAAAUGAAUCGGAGGAAGAAAAUGAGAUAGAAGUGGUGGUGGAAGAGGAUGAUGGUGAACCGGAUUCAGACGAUUCCGACAUAUGCACGCCCGAUGAAGAUGAUGAUGAGUUGUUGGAGAGGAAAGUGGCAGAACUGGAAGCCAGGAUUGCAGAGGAUCCUUACAAUUAUGAUGAGCACAUUGACCUGAUCCAAGCACUAUGGGGCCUGUCAGAGCUGGAUCGCUGGCGCGCUGCCUUCGAGCGCUUACAGCAGCUGUCGGCUAUAAGGGCAGAGCAUUGGCUGAUGCGGCUUCAGACGGAAGAGACUUUAGCGCACACUGAACAGUCACGAGAGAGCUUGAUGCAGCUCUUUCAGCAGGCUGCACUGGAUGGCUAUUCCAUCCCGAUCUUAAGCGAGUGGUGUUCGUGGUCGCUGACGGUGGGCGAGCCCGCCACGGCGCGCGCUCAGCUCGACGAGGUGCUGAAGCGCGCCGGCGCGGACCCCUUCUCCGGGAAGAUCUUCUGGGAUGCUAAACUAGAACUAGAGAAGGCACAGUUGGAGACUAUGACUGAGGAGGACGCAGAGUACAAGUCACAGCAGGAGCGAGUGCUGUGGUGCCUGGAGGAGAUGGUGUCGCGGCCGCUGCUGCGCGGCGACGAGGCGCUGCCGCAACUGGAGGAGCUGGCCUUACUGUUGCAUAACCAGGAGUAUGUUGAUAAGGUGAAAAAGCAGCAUGAUGCAGCUGUAGAUUUUUUACACAAAAUAACACCCUUUGAAGACAAGUUGCUGAUUACAGAGAAUGCAGAGGAGAAGUGCCAAGUGUACCAGGAAUACAUAGAUGCUGUAAAAGAUUUGUCUCAUGACGAUUUAUAUGCGGAAUGCGAUUGUAAUGGAAUAAUGAGGGUGCUAUACGACCGCGCCAGCUCGGAGUGCGGGGCGGGCGGCGCGUCGCUGCUGGUGCGCUGGGCGCGGCUGGCGGCGCGGGGCUCGCGCGGCUCGCUGGCGCGCGCGCUGGCCGCCGCCUGCCGCCGCCAGCCGCGCAGGGCUGCCUUCUGGGCGCUCUCCAUGCAGCUGGCCGAGAGGGACGACAAACCCUUCGAGGAGGUGAAGGCGAUAUUCGAGACAGCGCUAUCCAAGGGCAUGGAGUCCUACAAGGAGGCGGAGGCCCUGUGGCUGGCCUAUCUGGAGUACACACGACGCCGCAGCAAGCUGGACGACGAGGGUGAUGUCGACAGACUGCGACGGACAUUCCGCCUCGCGUGGGAUUCGCUUGCUGAGGCAUGGGGUGAAGAGGCAAAUGACUGUGAAGUGCCAUUGUUUUGGGCUCGGCUGGAGUACAAACUCUUGAAUGCCCCGAAACAAGGCAAGGAAAUCUUCGAGGAGAUAUUUAAAUAUGGUGACAACAAAACAAUGUCAAAGUACUGGGAGGCGUUGAUAGCGUUGGAGAGUAACCGCACUCCCCGGCCAUCUGAGCACAAACUGCGCGAGUUGAUGCGACGAGCACUCCGCGCGGUCAACGACUACCCGCCGUCUAUCGCGCGCCUGUGGACUGACUAUGAAAGGGAUCAUGGACAUCUUAGCACGCUCAGGGAGUGCUUGGAUGCUUGUGAGGAUAAAAUCAAAGAAUGGAGAGACAGCUACCAAGCAAUGAAAGACAAAAUGAUCGGCAACAAGAAACAGAAAGGCAAACAGAAUGACAACAAAAAAUCCAAAUACGAUAAAAAGAAGAAUAAAGAUGACAGCAAAGAUAAUAGUAAAGACAAAGGAAAAAAAGGUAAAGGGAAACGGAAGUCGGACGGGAACGAUGACAGCAGUGAUGUGAAGAGGAAGAAGGGUGGGGAUAUGGAGGUGGACUUGGAAUCGGAGGGGGGCGGAGUGAAGAGGUCUCAUGAUGAAGAUGAGGAGGAAGUUGGUGAGAGCAAACGCCAGCGCACAGACAGCACGAGCCCGCACAGGCUCGGGACGCGAGACGCCUGCACCUUGUUCAUUAGUAAUCUAGAAUUCAAAGUGGACGAACAGAAUCUAAGAGAUAAGUUAUCACAGUACGGCGACAUCAUCUCACUGAGAGUCAGGAAAGGCAUCAAAGCUUUCGGAGGUUCCAUAUGCUAUUGUCAGUAUAAAACUCCUGAAGCAGUAGAUGAAGCCCUAAAACACGACAGGAUCCCGCUCGACGGCCGUCCGAUGUUCUUCUCACGGUACUCCGCUAAGAAAAGCAAACCGACCUUCAAGUACUCAACAGAGGCGGAGAAGAAUAAGCUGUUUGUGAAGAACCUGCCGUUCUCGCACUGCACUAAGGACGCGCUAGCCGAGAUAUUUGAUAAAUACGGGGAACUGAAGGAUGUGAGGGUCGUCACGCAUAAGGACGGCAGGCCCAAAGGCCUGGCCUACGUAGAGUACUCGUCGGAGAGCGCGGCGGCGGCGGCGGCGGCGGGCGCGCACGGGCUGCAGCUGGGCGCGCGCCGCCUGCACGUGGCGCUCAGCGCGCCGCCGCCGCGCGACACCCCCGCCGCGCCCGCCGCGCCCGCGCUCGGACUGCCCAAGCGGGACGCCGGAGGGGGCAUGCGACGAACACAGCUAAGCAGCUUCAUUCCAAGUGUCUUACAAAAGGCUUCAGCAAGCACAUCCCAAGCAGCAAGCACGAGCCAAGCCAACGGCGACCACGCCAACGGUAGCCAUAGCAACGGUAACCAUAGCAACGGCGACAAGCAGCCCCUUAGCAACAGCGACUUCAGAACUCUUCUACUCAAGAAGUAAAAGUCAGUGUAAAUAUAUACGUAGUGUCAGGUUAAGAUUAAUCUCAACUUCAAUUUUAUGAACAAUUAAAUUGUACCUAAAGUCGGGUUUCUUAGAAUAGAAAGUUAUUCUAAUGUUCUAACAACAGUCACUUCUCUGUCGUAAAGACAUAUUAGCGCUGGUUCUGCUUAACAAGAACUUAACUUGUAUAAAGCUAUUGGUAUCCUUUUUACUUGUAUGAUGUAAGAGAGAGAUGGACUACGUGAAGCUGGCAUACGAAGAUCGUACCACAAUUUCGACGGUAAAUAAAAAUGUGUACACUUAUGUAAAUAGGUUGGAAAUUUCUUAUCUAUCGCUGUCCUAUUCUCAAAGCGUAUGCCAGUAAGAGAUAGCAAUACCUUCAUUUUAGUUCAGUUUUUGAGCAACAGGAUCAGUUUACUAUUUUAAGAAUAGGUGUCUUUGCAAUAAUAUAGUCAGACAUCUUUUAUAAUAGCUUAAAUAUAUUGCUAGCACUAUGGUGAAUAACUUUUUAAAAUACAGUGGACCGUGACUGUGUUAUUGAAAUUGACACCUUAUAUCAAGGCAUUAAGGUCGAUUUUCAUAAUUAGCAACAGUCCAACGGUCGACUGUACAAAAUUGUAUCUAUACCAUUGUAUUAUAUUUAGAUGGGACUUUGAGACCGACUUAGAUACUUGUGAAACACUCACAAUAAAUAAAUAAUAAAUAUAAUCGAUAAGGUUUCAUUUUUUCUGUUAGAUUAUACUGUAUUAUGUACAAAUGAAAAUUACAGAUGUGUUUUGUAAAUGAUUUUACUGGCGUAAUUCUGUGCUUCAGCGAUUUCCAUAUAAUGACGUGCCCAAGGUCUGUAGAAUAGAUAGUUUUCAACUUAAUCAUCAAUUUCUUUCAGCCAAUGGAUAUUGGAUAUAUAUGAAAAGGGAAAUGUUCUAUGUAAGAUAUUCUAUUAGAUACUUAUAUGAAUAUAUCUUACUGAGAUUCCUCAGGAGAAAUUUCUUAUGAAAUUUUAGCAACAUUUAAAGACAUGAACUGGCUCGCACGUCAAUAUAGACUUACCCAUUUUAUAAAUGUUUCCGUAUUUUAAUUUAAUUACUCAUUAAUCCUAAGAUUUUUACCUUGUCCUCUUUUAAUAUUUUUAAACAGUGUUCACAUAAUGAUUCUAUUUGACAACUCAAGCGAUAUAUUACGCCUCUCAUAAACUAAGUAACUUACUACUUGGAGAGUGACGUUAGUCGAUAAGUAAUCGCGUUUCCUAAUUUCGAUAUGUGUAUUAUUUCGUAAUUCUUUUCUAUAUGGAAUGUUUUGUUCUUGUCUUCUUUGUUCAAAUGCGUGAAAUUUAAUAGACUGGUUAUAUAUUUUAAAUAUAGAUAUAGUUUUCGUAUCCAGUGAUAAGUGAUUACCGCUUGAGUUGUCGACUGCCAUUCUAGCAAAGUUUUAUUUCGUCAAUCUUUAACAUUGAUCGAAAACGUUCAAAUGUAUGGAGAUGGCACAUCAACAAAACGUGGUUUAUUGAAAAUAAAUGGCAUUACCAUAGAGGCCCCCCUAUCGCCGCACUUAAGCUCCAAAUUACGUCAUUGUGGCUUCUAUAGAUUUGAAUGUUUUCUAUUGUCGUAAACUUUGGUAGAAAUUACAUUUGACCAGGCUGCUACAUAUUAUAACCUAUUGCGAUUUGUUUAGUCACUUCAUACAUAAUAAUAAAGGCUUGUUCACGUUUACUGUGAAUGCUUGGUACCAUAUCUAAGCGAUGUAUAGUGAUAUUAUACUCAGUGCACGCCUGUGACACCCUACUGUCUUAGUUUGUGUUAUAAAGCUAAUUUGUUUUGUAUCCGGAGAUUUAAGAUGCUGUGUGAUUGAGGACGAAAGAUGAUUCAGAAUAAACGAGUUUUGUUGUAUUA